CUGGCAAAAAUGAUCAGUGAUCUCAGUGUUUGUUCGAGCGCAAAGAAAGUGCCACCGUGGCCUUAAAAACACAAACCCAUAAUAUUAUUAUUGCAGUGUAGAAGUUCGUGUUUUUCUCAACCUGCGUUCAAAUGUAAAUACACACUAGCACGCUAUCUGUAUACAUGUAUUCAAGUGUGUUUUAGUGUUAAGUGUUCAAUCUGGAUCACCGCAGAAGGAGCAGAGGCAAGAGAGAGGAGAUCUCCAGAGCAAAACUCCUCCUGUCCAAAAACAACAUGUUCUCCAAAUUCACCUCCAUCCUGCAGCACGCUGUCGAGGCGCUUGCGCCGUCACUGCCAUUGCAAGAAGACUUUGUCUAUCAUUGGAAGGCCAUCACACAUUAUUACAUAGAAACCUCAGAUGACAAAGCCCCAGUGACAGACACCAACAUUCCCUCACAUCUGGAGCAGAUGCUGGAUAUUCUGACCCAGGAGGAGAGAGAGAGAGAGUCAGGAGAGACGGGACCCUGUAUGGAGUAUCUUCUCCAUCACAAGAUCCUGGAGACGCUCUACACCCUGGGCAAAGCAGAUUGCCCUCCUGGAAUGAAACAGCAGGUUCUGAGUUUCUACACCAAGCUGUUGGGUCGAAUCCGCCAACCACUUCUGCCUCACAUCAACGUGCACAGACCUGUACAGAAACUGGUCCGCCUGUGUGGUGAGGUUCUGGCUGCUCCUACAGAGAAUGAAGAGAUCCAGUUUCUGUGUACUGUCUGUGCCAAACUGAAGCAGGACCCUUACCUCGUCAACUUCUUCCUUGAAAAUAAGAAUAAAAAGUUGGAGGCUGCUAAAGACGGUGGAGCUGAUUUGGUGAAAAAGGAUCCAUCUUCUCCUGAUACAGGACAGAACCAAAAGCAAAAUCCCAGUCCGGUUACAUCUGCACUCAAAGAAGCAGCAGCCUGUCAAGCCACCAGCCCAGGGGAAGCUAGUCCAUCCUCCGUCCGCACUACACUGCCAAACAACGACAACUACAACCUAGUCAGCUCACUUCUUAACCUCACUAAGAGUCCAGAUGGGCGUAUUGUGGUGAAGGCAUGCGAGGGUCUGAUGCUGAUAGUCAGUUUGCCUGAGCCAGCUGCAGCCAAAUGCCUCACAGAGAACACCGAACUCAGUCAACUUCUCACGGACCGGCUGGCACAAUUCUACCGGGCUCUUCCCCAGUCCAUGGACCCUCUUGACAUCGAAACUGUGGAGUCUGUAAACUGGGGGUUGGAUGUGUAUAAUCUGAAAGAAGAUGGUGCAGCUUUCACAGGCAAACGUGCACUUAUUUCUUUCCUGUCGUGGCUGGACUAUUGUGAUCAGCUCAUCAAAGAGGCACAGAAGACGGCUGCUACAGUUCUGGCUCGGGCCGUGAGAGAGCGGUUCUUUGUUGCCGUAAUGGAGCCUCAGCUAAUGCAAACGUCAGAGGUUGGCAUUCUGACUUCAACAGCCCUGUUAAACAGGAUCAUCAGACAGGUGACUUCAGAAGCCCUGCUCCAGGAGACCGUUUACUUCCUGUUGGGGGAGGAAACUGGACCAGAGACACCUGCAGGCAUUACCCAGCAUCCCCUGAGACACAGACUCAUAGAACAUUGUGACCACUUGUCAGAUGAGAUAAGCAUCAUGACCCUACGGCUCUUUGAGCAUCUGCUGCAGAAACCAUGUCAGCACAUUCUGCAGAACCUGGUGCUGCGCUGCUUGGAAGAACGCAACUACAUGGAGAACAAGCAGCCCGAGGAACGAGAGGAGCGCGAGCACAUGGAGAACGGCCAACUGCAUGACGCCGUAGAUCUUGAAGAAGACCCGCUGUUCUCCGAUCUUUCCCCUGAUAACAGACUCUCCAGCCCCGAUUGGUUAAGCUGCUCUCCACCACCAAGCACAGAACACACUAAGCCUGAUGGGAAGACGGAGGUCCACAAAAUAGUUAACAGUUUCCUGUGUUUGGUGCCUGAUGAGGCAAAAUCAUCCUAUCAGGUUGAGGGCACAGGCUAUGACACCUACUUAAGAGAUGCACACAGACAGUUUCGGGACUAUUGUGGAGUUUGUCAGAGGUGGGACUGGCGUAGCAGUCCAAAACCCUUUGAGAAGUGUAAUCUGGACAGUCCUUUUUUCGAAGGACACUUCCUCAAAGUGUUGUUUGACAGAAUGGGGCGAAUCCUCGAUCAGCCGUAUGAUGUUAACCUGCAGGUGACGUCUGUGUUGUCUAAGCUGUCUCUGCUGCCUCAUGCUCAUCUUCACGAGUACCUGCUGGAUCCGUACAUUAACCUGGCGCCGGGCUGCAGAUCUCUCUUCUCCGUCAUCGUCAGGGUGGUUGGCGAUCUGAUGUUGAGAACUCACCGCAUUCCUGAUUUCACCCCUAAACUCCUGUUGGUGAGGAAGAGACUUCUGGGACUUGAGCCAGAGGGGAUGAGCGUUGAUCACGUGACGUUGCUCGAGGGGGUGAUUGUUCUGGAGGAGUUCUGCAAAGAGCUCGCGGCUAUCGCUUUUGUGAAGUUCCAUGCAUCCGCCUCCACUUCCCCCUGAUCCUCUCGCCACUGUGCACAGGACACAAACAGAUGAAUAACAGAUGAAAGGGGGUGGAUGGCACAGGAACGACAAACCCAACUGCACUCAUCCUGCGACAGGACUUGCAUUCAAGGAUGUUUCAUUCGCGCUAUCUCUGGGAUGUUUCCAUAACUCUGACUGAGCGUACUGUUCUAAAUGCACCGGAGAGGAGAAUUUCAUUAAUGGGAAAUGUGAUUCGUGUGGAACUGCCCAUCUGGAGAGGAUUUUGUAGCAUUGACAUGUUAAGGAAAAAGUCUAAAACCUCCUAACUUAAUGCCAAAAAAUUAGGUUCAAACGUACAAAAACAAAAUGGACUUAAAUUCAAUUUAAGUAAUGAAAACAUACAAUAAGUAAAAAGAAAAACGCUGACUGCUAAAUUAAAUAUUUAAUUAUUAAUGAUUAUCUGUCAUUUGCAGUAUCAGAGAUGCUGUCAUCUGUAAUCUGUUCCUCAGAGAAAAAUAGUGCUGAUGAAACACAAGUUAAUUCAUAAUUUAAAAAUACAAUAAUUGAGGAUUCAAAUUCUAUCUGCGUUUGAAUAAUUGGAGAACCAGAAAAUGACUAAAAUUUUAAGUGAAUCCACAUUAUUAUUAUUAUUAUUUUUUUUUUUUCUGGUAGCGUUUGCCAACUUUUCUUUUAAGUGAACCGUGGAAUGAUUUGUGAUUGGGCACAUUUGCACUCAAACCGGUUUCCACUGGUGCAUGCCCAGAGAGCUGUUCAUCCUUUAUGUUCCUGACAGUGUUCCGAAAUCAUUUUAGGUGUUAAACUUGACAUGUUGUGUGUGUGCCUUGGUCUCAGCUAGACAAUAGCUGUGUCCUUCAUCCUGUAUCAUCACAUAUUUAUUAUAGAUUUAAAAGAUCAUUUUAAAGGAAUAGUUCACCUAACAAAACAAUAAUAAUGUACUGUAUAUGUCCUGAUGUUGUUGAAACCCAAUAGUUUCUAUGAAACAACAUGCAAUGGAUGCACCUGAAAUAGUGAUGGACACAAAAAGUUUCCUAAAAAUGAUUCUUUUAAUUUGUGCUCUUUAUACCAAGUUCUCUAAAGCAACUGUUAUAGAUUUGUGUGAACUAAUAGGGAAAAUUUCAUAAGUCAAGAUUUUCAGUGAAUGAGUUUAAUUUCAGUCUGUUUCUCAAACAGAGAUGUUGUACAAUUAGGAAGACUUAAUAUUAUACAUUUAUUUGAGAUUUUUAAGUUAGCAAAAAUAAUGUUAUAUAU